GCGCGGCUGGGGGUGAGCAGGAAGGGCGGGCCCCUCACCCGCUGGGGCGACGCGCCCGGAACGCCCAGGCCGCAGCCCCUGGGGACGCUGGCGAGGACCGGGACGCGGCGCCGGGCCAGCGACGGGAUCACCGAGAGCGGGCGGAACGGGACGCUCGGGAGCGAGGCACCGAGCCGGGCUCUUUUCCCGGCGGACCGGACGCCCAGUUCCGGCUUUUGCAGAGGUGCCCCCCUCCCCCGCGCCACGCACGGGUCGCCGUUGCCUGCUCGCUCGGCGGACGCGCCAUGCCAAAAGUACCAAAGGGCAGAGGAGGAGGGCAAGAGAAAAAAGUCAUCCAUCCUUACAGCAGAAAGGCUGCUCAGCUUACGAGAGAAGCACACAAACAGGAAAAAAAGGAAAAGUUGAAGAAUGAAAAAGCCUUGCGUCUGAGUAUUGUAGGAGAAAAGUUGCAAUGGUUUCAAAGUCACCUUGAUCCCAGCAAAGCAGACUACACAAAGAAAGAAGCCUGUGAACUAAUUGAAAAAUAUUUACAUCGAUUCAGUGAUGAGCUGGAGCAAAUUAAGUUACAUAACAGCAUUAAAGGCAGACAAGGAAGGCAGCACAGUUCCCGGGAGAUAAUAAUCAAUCAGACCAUAGAGCAUGAAAGACAACUCUAUGAAGGAUAUGGGAUAGACAUUCCUGACAUUGUGAAUGGCAAACAUCUUAAAAUUUUCAGAGAAUGGGAUGGCGAUCUGAAGAAACUGCCAAACAUUAAAAUGAGAAAAGUGUCUACUAAAAAUGCUGUUUGCAGUAGGACGGAGGUGGCAAAUGGGGAAGCUGAAGAGGAAUUAGAUGCAGCAAAAGACACAGACUAAUGAGCACCAGCUGAUACGAAAGAUAAAAUAGCUGAAAGGGACUGCCAGGAACCUAUUUGAACGAUCACUGGAAGCAGAAAUAAAGCUGGUAUUUUCAAUUAUA